CUCCUACCUGCCUACUCGAGCUUAAUUAGCUACCGCUUCUAACACAUACUCCCAGGAAACCCUCCUCAAACCCAGGUGACGGCCAAAAACAGCGCAGAACCAUGGCCGCCCGCCCGCAAUCAGUCCUGCGCGCGGCUGUACGAGUAUCAAGACCGACCUUUUGCUCUUCCUCCCGCCAUGUCCGACUAUUCAGCACAACGAUACGUAGCCCACGACCUGAGCUCUCUCAAAACUCUACCUCUACCUCUACCUCUACCUCCCAAGCACACACCGCUGCCGAGAAUGGCGCCAGCAGUAGCAGUGGUAGAAAUAGUACAACACACUUCGGCUUCCAAGACGGCCUCUCCGAGUCCGAGAAGACGGAGCGCGUGGCCGGUGUCUUCCACAGCGUAGCCGAGUCCUACGACCGCAUGAACGACCUUAUGUCGUUUGGCUGGCACCGCGUCUGGAAAGACCACUUCGUCUCCUCCCUCAACCCCGGCCUCUCCUCCUCCACACCCCCCAAACCCCAACGCAUCCUCGACGUCGCCGGCGGCACAGGCGACAUCGCCUUCCGCAUGCUGCACCACGCGCACACCCUCAACCGCAACCCCGACGUCCACGUCACCAUCUCCGACAUCAACCCUUCCAUGCUCGCAGUCGGCAAGCAGCGCUCCCUCUCCCUGCCCGCCUCCCAACAAGCCGCGCUCUCCUUCCUCGAAGCCGACGCAACCUCCCUCCCCCCCGCCGCCGUCCCCGACAACUCCCUCGACCUGUACACCGUCGCCUUCGGCAUCCGCAACUUCAGCAACAUCCCCGCCGCCCUGGCCCAGGCCCACCGCGUCCUCAAGCCCGGCGGCGUCUUCGCCUGCCUCGAGUUCAGCAAGGUCGCCAACCCCCUCCUCGACGCCCUAUACAAGCGCUGGAGCUUCGGCGCCAUCCCCCUCAUCGGCCACCUCGUCGCUGGCGACCGCGACUCCUACCAGUACCUCGUCGAGAGCAUCGAGCGCUUCCCCAGCCAGACCCAGUUCCGCGAUAUGAUUCAGGACGCCGGCUUCGUGGUCGGCGGCCAGGGCUGGGAAGAUCUGACGGGCGGCGUGGCUGCGAUCCACAAGGGCAUGAAGCCCCUGUAAUCCCAUCUCGUCCGGGUCCCGCUUGUAGAUCGAGAAACGGGGAGGAGGGAGGGGAAGACCUUUGUACACUACUACCAAUGUUCCGCAUUUACUCCGUAGAGAGGAUAGGCCCGUGACGGCAUCGAGGCCAGGCAGAAAAAAAAGGUUGGACGAAACGAAGCGGGGGUCCGAGUCUGGGUUUAUUGUACCAUACAUACACAAUACAGCGCAAGUGCGCGUGACUUGUAGACUCCCCCCUUUAAGUAGCAUAUGCGACAUAACCAUUGCAUGCAGUUAGGUUGACGAGGAGAGAAGCCCG